AUGAAAGAUUCUCAAAACAGCUUCAUGACAUUCAAAAAUUCGGUAGCUGAAAUUGAAGAACAUAUUGUUGUGCGCCAGAAUGAAAAAAAUCCGAUUCAGCCAUUUAUUAUUAUUGUAGGUACCCCUACUAAUCCUAAAGAAAUAAUUGUUUUUUUUGAUUGUAUUAAGUAUAAAUUAUUCACUAUACUAUCUGCUGUAGAUGUUUGUUUUAAAUUAUUUCAUCUGUUUAACUUGGAAUAUCCAAGUGAAUCAUGUGUAGUAUGGCUCUUUAUACAAAAGUAUUUUUAUUCACUAACUACAAAAUUUGAUCAUUUCAUUCUUUAG